AUGAUUGAUUCUGAAGCCAAGAAACAGUAUGAUCAUUUCUUGAGUCUCAAUGUGUUGUUAUUGAAAGCUGGAGGAAGUUCCGGCGAUCAACAUUUGUUGAAACGUCCACUAGGGUUAGUGACAUUAGCUUUUUUAACUGUUUGGUCUGUUGGCGAAUGGCAUCAAGUGAUUGUAAAUCUCAAAAUCGACGAGGAAAUUACCGUUCGUGGAAUUGGUGCAAUAUUUUCUGGAUAUUUGGCAACAACUAAGGGACUCAGUCUCAUUUUCCAGGCUAAGCAGCUCCGCGAGAUUUUGCUAAGCUUAUCGGUGAUGUGGGAGGACCGGUAUCAGGUGGAGCAAAAUAGAACCGUCAUGCUGACCAAGGCGAAGAAGGCCUAUCAUAUGACCAUUUUUUAUUUCAUAACAUGCAUGUUAAUGUCCGCUGUUUUUCAUCUAAAUCCUUACAAGGUUCUGUUGGAACAGUAUUUUGAAUCAAAAACAGUUAAUAACGCGUACAAUUUCACGACCAUUAUGCCCGUGAAAUAUCCCUUCGACAUUAAUUAUGUUGGCAAUUACAUUCCAGUGAUGAUCGUCGAACACGCUAUAACAGUGUUCUUUUUAAUUUACCUAGCAUCAACGGAUACGUUGUUUUUCCAGCUGCAAACUCACCUGUGUCUUCAUUUUAAGCUUCUUCAAUACGAUUUAGAAUAUAUUAUUGAACAAACUACGUCGACAGCUGUUUCGGACGAACAAAAAUGUAAAGUAUCUCUAAGGCUGUCCAAGAUUGUCAAUCGUCAGAAUGAAUUGUACUUGUUGUGCGAGAGAGUAGAAAAAAUAUUUCGUCCAAUAUUCUUCGCAUCAAUGCUCGUAACGUCUCUCACGAUUUGUCUAUCUCUUCACCAGAUACAACAGAUGCUCGCUGUCGGUCAAUUUUUCGAAACAUUAGGACAAUUGUCACACGGUGUUGUACUCCUGACUGAAAGUGCAAUUUAUUGUGGGUGCUCAACUAUGUUGAGCAACGAGACCGAGUUAUUAGCAAUCGCUGCUUACAACUGUCCGUGGCUAUGUUUCGGAAAGCAAAUUUGCAAUCAGUUGAAAUUUCUGAUGCUUCGAUCCCAAAAAGCAUUUCGCUUUACAGCUAAUGGAUUUUUCAGACUUGAUCUGCCUCAGCUAACUACCAUUGUUAGUGCUGCAGCUACGUACUUUACUCUUCUAAACACGCUUGUCAAGCAGAAAUAA